GGUAGGGGGGGUCAUAAACAACGAGUUUUCUCAAAUCCCUCCUAAAAAAAGUGAUGGCCUAUGUUUUGAAGCAUUUGAUGUUGUGAAGCAUUUAAUACGUGAUUCUGAUUGGUUGCCAUAUGGUUUAUUGGUUAUGAAGCGAUAUCUGUGUUAAAUGGCGCCAAAAUUUAAAAUGUAAUUUCAAUUAUAACAAUAAAAUCAUUAUUUUUAAAUCAUUUUGAAUCAGAAAUUUGAAUUUAGCAUUUUCAGCGGCUUUACUUUUCCCGUAUCACUUUUUUAAGAAAGGAUUGUAAAAUUUUAAGUAAAGUUUUAGAGGUCAAGUAACGAACUGGGCAACAAAACUUUGCGCGCGUAGCGCGCUGGUCUUUGUUAGUACGAUAUGAAAUCUCUCUCUCUCUCUCUCUCUCUCUCUCUCUCUCUCUCUCUCUCUCUCUCUCUCUCUCUCUCUCUCUCUCUCUCUCUCUCUCUCUCUCUCUCUCUCUCUCUCUCUCCACACACACACAUAUAUUCAUAUUCUACUUAGUCAUUUUCUGCCAUUGUGUUGCAAAAUGCAAUUUUUUUCGUUAAUUAUGUUGAUUUGGCCAAAGAAAAUGACGACUAUGCGAAUAAAUAACAGAAAAACCGCGGUAUAAUAAACCGGGCUCUUUACGCCCGGUUUAAAAAAUAAAUUUACGGCCUUUUAUAAUGACACUAUAUAUGAGACUAUGUUAUGAACAUAUUAAUAACAAUUGCAAAAGAAGGAACAAUAAUAAAAAGAUGAUUGGUUUUUAUAGUUCGAUUAUUUUGCAUUGUAUAUGUUCACAACUUCACAUUAUUUUACAUUUUUUAUGAUUCUUAUUCAUUUUGUUAGAUUUUUAUUCGAAAAAAACAUUGUGUCACAAUUAUAGGUACGUAUGUCACAAAGUAAUAAACUACUGCAAUAAAAAAAUAAAAAAUUUGCUUAGGGAAUUCCUGCAUUUUUUGCGCAUACCUGAUAUUUUGUCAAUAAAUUUGCUUGUUUAAUGUUGAUACAGUGUUAUAGUUGCUUACCUUUGCUUAAUGCUAAAUAGUGUGUAGUUGCAUCUUUUUACAUUAUAUGUAUAUUAUUUUGUUUUUUUAUAGAUUUUAUCACCAUGAAUGGUAUGUAUAUUGGGCUCAUAUAGUUAUAUGAUUGUUAUAACUACUAUAGAUAUAUUCAUAAAAUAAAUUCUUAUGGUUUUUAGAUACCAAACAUGCAAGUUAUUUGUUUUUUUAAUAAGCAUAUGGAGCUACGAUGUCACAAAAUACAAAUAGAAUAAAAUAGUUUUAUAAGAGUUUGUAAAUCAAGUGUGUAAUAUUUCAAAUAGCAUAUAAGUUCUUCGACAAUUUCAAAUCUUGAAUGGUCUAAGAUAACUUUUAUCAUCUGAAUAAGAGUGUCAAAAUAUACAAUGUAUGACUCGAAAACAUAGUCGUGAUUCUAGUUCUAGUAAAAUAUUAAGUAAAGCUAUUGUUAUAUUACUUUAAUAUAUAUAACUUUAACAUUUAUUAAUACUGCCAUCGGUCGCGAAAAUAGACUCUACUUUUUAUUUAAAUUUUUACUUAAUAUGUUAACUAAUUAUGCACUUAAUCCUUUUAUCUAUAAGAAAUAAACAAACUAUAUUAAAGCUGACAUUUACUUGCACGUAUAUGUAAUUGAUAACAGCGUUUAUCAUUUAAAGUUUUUAUAGGAUUAAGAAUAUUCGAGACCUGUAGUUAUAUUGUUUAUGAAUUAAUUAUUGAAUAUUUUUUUCUCAAGCAGAAACGAAACAGCUCUAACAUAAACGAAAUUGUACCGCUUUAUAUAAAAUGUUUAACCUCAAACAUUAAGAUAACGUUUACAAUUAUAUUAUACAGGGCUGCUUAUUUUUAAAUUAAUUACUAUUUGAACUUUUUAAACUGGUUAAUUGAGUCAGACACAUUUGACUCGGCACUUGACCAUUUUGACUGGCUUUUACGGACACGAUCGAGCACGAUAGCCGCACUACGCACGGGUCACACGAUACUGCAGAAACUGAACCGAUCACAGAUACGUACGGUACAGUACAAGUGUAGACUAGACUGUAUAGUGUUGAAGUGUAGUACAUCCGUGUGUUACAUACAUACAAGAUUAAUGUACACAUACAUUCGGGAAGAAGAAAAUAAAGCUAGAUUCAUAUAGGAAUUAUUUAAAUUCAAUGAUUAAAGUGUGAAAAUAGAACAAGUAGUUCUGGCUGACAAAAGUGUAAUAGGGAAAUUUGAAAUUUCUAAAAAAAAUGCUGUAGAUCAAGUACUUUUACAUUUUAAAAGUGAACUGUGAAAACAUAUGCUGGGUGUCAGCACUUGAGCAGCGUACAUGUUAAGAGUUGUGGGUGUUUGUCUAUUGGGCCACCUGUACGGUUGUAGACCGUGGUAUAGUGGUUGGACCGGCGCCAUGUUGCUCGAAUGAGGUGUCAGUAUUUGUUCAACGUGACGGGAGUUUGGGUGUGGAUCGUCGAUUGCGCGCAAGAUUCUCAGAGUCGAGUUCGCUGCAUGUAUAAUAUUGCUGUGUUGCGAACCAUCAUUCGUCACUCAGUAUUCCAAGAUAAAUAAGCUAGGACUACGUGCAGGAAUCAAGCAGCUAAUUACGAUCGAAUAUCAUUUAUUUUUUAUAGCUUGAGUUCACUUGACAGCAUAACAGACGAGCGUCAAGAUGCCGAAAUUGAUGAACGUGCGGGUGACGACGAUGGACGCCGAGUUGGAAUUUGCUAUCCAGCAAAUUACCACCGGCAAACAGCUAUUCGACCAGGUCGUCAAAACUAUUGGAUUAAGGGAGGUCUGGUUUUUUGGUCUUCAAUACACUGAUAUCAAAGGGGAUCAAACCUGGAUCAAGCUCUACAAAAAGCCUGAGAGCGCAAUGGCCAGGGUAGUGAAGAAGGAAGUAAAAAAGAAAGUUCGAAAGUUAAGAGGCUGUUCCGAUUCGGAUACGGACGACUACGAGUUCGAUGACGAUUUGGUUAUGAGCCAGGAAGUUAAAAAAGAAAACCCUUUGCAGUUCAAGUUCCGUGCUAAAUUUUAUCCGGAAGACGUGGCAGAAGAAUUGAUUCAAGAAAUAACUCUUCGACUCUUCUAUCUGCAGGUGAAAAGCGCCAUCUUGACAGACGAAAUAUACUGCCCUUCUGAAACUUCGGUCUUGUUAGCCUCUUAUGCUGUUCAAGCGCGACAUGGAGACUAUCAAAAGAGCAUCCAUACUACAGGAUUUUUAGCAAACGACCGUUUGCUUCCUCAACGUGUAAUGGACCAGCAUAAAAUGAGCAAAGAAGAAUGGGAAUCUUCCAUUACUAAUUGGUGGCAAGAGCAUCGAGGGAUGCCACGAGAAGACGCCAUGAUGGAGUAUUUGAAAAUUGCUCAGGAUUUGGAAAUGUACGGUGUUAAUUACUUUGAGAUCCGCAAUAAAAAAGGUACUGAACUUUGGCUUGGUGUGGAUGCUUUGGGACUUAAUAUUUACGAAAAAGAUGAUAAGCUGACACCAAAAAUUGGGUUUCCCUGGUCUGAAAUUCGUAAUAUAUCUUUUAACGAGAAGAAAUUUAUUAUAAAACCUAUCGACAAAAAGGCACCAGAUUUUGUUUUCUUUGCUGCUCGUGUGAAAAUAAACAAACGGAUUCUUGCACUUUGUAUGGGAAAUCAUGAGCUUUACAUGCGUAGACGUAAACCUGAUACUAUCGAUGUACAGCAAAUGAAGGCUCAAGCCAAAGAAGAAAAACUUGCCCGUGAAAAACAACGUGAAAAAUUGCAAUUGGAAAUUGCAGCCAGAGAAAGAGCUGAAAAGAAACAGCAAGAAUAUGAAGAGCGACUUCGUAAUAUGGCUGAAGAAAUGGAAAGAAGGCAGGCUGAAUUAAAUGAAGCUCAAGAAAUGAUUCGUCGUUUGGAAGAACAACUUAGACAGUUACAAGCUGCUAAAGAAGAACUUGAAGACAGACAAAAGGAACUCACAGCAAUGAUGGAAAAACUUGAACGCUCUCAUGAAAUGGAAGCUGCGGAAAGAGCAAAAUUAGAAGCGGAAAUCCGUCACAAACAAGAAGAAGUACAACGUAUUCAGUCGGAAGUUGAAGCUAAGGAUGCAGAAGCUAGAAGGUUGCAAGAAGAAGUUGAAGCUGCAAGACUUAGACAAGAAGAAGCUGACCGACAAUAUCAAGCCAGCACUACUCCCCAUCAUCAUCAUGUUGAAGAAAAUGAAGAAGAUGGUGAUGACGGCGAAGAUGAAAUACCGCAUGGAGAUGUUACUAAAGAACUUGUUACUGAUGAAUCAAUAAUUGAUCCUAUUGAAGAAAGACGUACACUCGCUGAAAGAAAUGAACGUCUUCAUGACCAGUUAAAGGCUUUAAAACAAGAUUUGGCACAAUCACGAGAUGAAACAAAGGAAACUGUAAUGGACAAAAUUCACAGAGAAAAUGUUCGCCAAGGACGUGAUAAAUACAAAACCUUAAGGGAAAUUCGCAAGGGUAACACUAAACGCCGUGUAGACCAAUUUGAGAACAUGUAAAUAGUGAAAAAGAAAAAUAGCGUAUCGUUUGUUUAGCCACUUAUGUUUAUUUUUCACUAUUAACAAACAAUUUUAAAUAUUAUGUUCUUUUAAAGUCCUCUGCUUGUGAAUGAAUAUAAAUACUAUGAGUAUACCGAUCGAAGUUAAAAGCACUUGACACAAAUUUCUGAAAUCAUUUAAGAAUAAAUUGACCCAAGAAGAAUAUUUUAUUAUUAAGUUUAAGAGCUUUGACUUGAUCUUGAAAGACUUGAUGUAUUUUAUUAUGAAAACAAUUGUUGAUGCUUGCACAUAUUUUGGAUAAUUUUAGAAGACUUUCUUCAGCAGUAAGUUUCUUCUGAUGAACUUGAACAUACAGCAAACAGUUACAUAGUUGCCAUUGUUGAAAUUUUUAAUCUAAACUUGCAUUAUCAUUGGACUUUUAUAUAAUUGCCAUCUAAUAAUUUAUAAAAUCAUAUAAAGUUGUUAUAGAGCUUGAAAUUUGGAAGCUCGUUUAGCAUUAUACAUUUAGUAUUUAUACUAAUAUUCAACUAUGGUAGGCCUAAAUAAUGACCAUAUGUACAAUGCAGUACAAAGGAACACAAGAUCUUAAAAUGAAAUAGGAGUAGAAAAUGCGUAUAUUUUUUUCCAGCAUACUGCAUUUUUUUCCGAAAUUUAUACUUGUUUGAUUAUUUUAAUCGUACCAGAACUUAAGUAUAUUUUUUCAUUUCCACAACCUGUUGAAUUUAUUUCAUAAUGAAUAUAUAGUUAUAUAAAAACAUGUUAAUGUUAAAGGUCUUGAAAAAAGUUACGUCAAGUCUAAAAAAUAUUAUUUUAAAUUAUCAUCUGAUGGACUGUGUACCAUUAUUAAUAUAGUGAUUUCUUGAACAUUCACAUGAGCUAAUUUACAUUUUAAUGAAACACUUGUGGCCUUAAUUGAUAUAAAUAUGUAAUGAAUAAUUACGCUAGUUAUAAUAUACUAUUUUUCGCAACGUUAAUAGUAAACGUUAUAAAGCGACAGCAAAUGUAAAGUAAGAUUGACUUAAAAGAUCGAGUGUAUGUGAGCGAGAAUGAUGAGAAAAUAAAAUUUCAAAACUAGAUUUUUUAAGUUGAUAAAUUUAUAAAAUUGGAAACACUGCCUUGAAUAAUUUUGUAGCACUGGGUGGCAUAAAUCCGCAUCUAUGUCACGCCUAUCCGUGGCAUAAAUAGUGCAUUAUUGCACCGUGCUGAUCGCCCUCGCUACGCUCGGGCGCUAACUGCACGGUGCAAAAAUGUUUACGCCACGGAUAGGCGUGACAGCGGAUUUAUGUCAGUGCUAUAAAAUAGCGUACGAUACUCGUGGUAUAAAUAGUCCGAUACGGCACGGCGUUUAGCUCCCUCGCUACGCUCGGGUGCUAAUACACGCCGUGCCGUAAUGGACUAUUUAUGUCACUUGUAUCGUAAUAUACUUUGGCUCUCAAGUUCUAUAGUAUUUUGUCAAUACAACAAAACUAUGCAAAUAUCGUUAGUAAAAAUCGCAGAAUAAACAUUUUUUACAUAAGACCUUUUAAAAAUUUUAGUGGUUUUCAAGUUGAAUAAAUGGGCCUAUGUAUAUGCUAAUGUAAAAUUAACUUAUUUUGAGCAUUUUACAAACAAAUUAUACUAAUCGUACACUAUUUGAAAUAAUUAUUUUCAUGCGCAGAAUACACAACUUGUUUAAUUAUACAGCCCAUAAGAAUAAAAUAUCACAAAAUCAA